AUGGGAAGCUGUGCUAGCGUGAACAAUGUGGAGAGAUCUCCCUUUUAUGCAAGGUUCAUUCUUCAGGAGAAGAUUGGCCAGGGCUCCUAUGGGAAGGUCUACUUGGUGAAGGACAAGAGAAACCAAAAAAUUCUGGCUGUCAAAGUACAGGCGGCGGCAUUUGGCAGGGAGUGGGUGAUCACAGAUGAGGUAAACGUCUGGAGGUCGUUAGGGAGACAUCCCAACAUCGUGUCCUUCCAUGACCUGCGGCAAGAAGCCAAUGUCUACUUCAUUUUGAUGGAGGUUUGCCCGAGGGCAUUGUCCGAUCGUGUGAUGUACUCGCCGCAGUGGACGGCCUUGGAUCUCAUGCAUGACUUCAAGCAAGCUCUGCUCGGCCUUUCACACAUGCAUGCCCGGAGGAUUCUCCAUCGAGAUAUCAAGGUGCAGAACUUCCUGUAUGGUGGUCGGGACGACAGGACUCUGAAGCUGGCCGAUUUCGGCUUGUCCGUCCAUCUCCGUCCAGGAGAGAAGCUGGAUGCAGUCUGCGGCUCUCCAGCCUUCAUGGCACCAGAGAUGGUCAUGAGGCAAGGCUACGAAUUCAAGAUCGACAUGUGGAGCAUGGGGGUCACUUUUUUCAUGGUUAUGUAUGGGACUCUCCUCGUUGGAAAACCCAAGAUGAGCGUUCCUGAGAUGAAGGAGGCGAUCAAAAGCCCGACAGCUACGAAGACGGCGCUGCAGGGAGCAAUGCAGAAGGCGGAUGCGUGCGAAGGCGAAGAACGCGAGUUGAAGCACGCCGCCUUGGACGUUGUGAAGCAGUUGACCGUGAGGGAGCCGACCCAGAGAGUUGGCCCCAAGGAUGCGUUGGACCUACCUUUCAUUCACUUGGUGGCGGUGGCCGGUGAAGAGGACUUGGCAAGAUACAGGAAAAUCUUGCUCGUGGACCGCCCUCCAGCUGCCAAGAAGAAGGCGGUGACGGAGCCGGAGGCUGAUGUGGUCCGAUCAGGCAAGCCACCGGUGCCUCGCAAGCCCCAGCCGCAAAGUCCCAGAGUGGAUGCUCUUACGCCAGUGGUGCCUGGUGGCGGAAGCAGUGGCAACCCACCUUUCACGACAAGUGGGGAAAGGCAACUGGGAGUGAAUGUGAGUGAUUCCGGCCAAGGCAAACGACGGGCAAAGUCCUCGAAUGUGAUUACGUUCCAGGGUAGCGAUGGAGUCGCAAAGCGACAGUCUGACAGAAUUCAACUUCCAGAUCACCUAGACUCCCCGAACAGCUUUCGCGGAAUAGAGGGCGGCGCAUCUUCACUGAAGUUGCAGCGAUUCAAAAGCGCCGGAAACCUCGAAGGCUCCCAGCUCAGUGCCGAAGCACUGUCGUGA